CCCUGACAGCGGGGACGGGGAGGGAGGGAGGCCCUGACAGCGGACGGGGACGGGGAGGGAGAAACAGCGCAGGGGAGAUGGUGGGGACGUGCGCCUGAAACGGAGUGAAACAGAAAACGCCCAUACUCCUGCAGACUCCCUGCUCCUUUUCCGGGUUCUCCUCCCCUCCCAUUUGUCCAAGCAGCCCCAAACCGGAGGGAGGUUUCCCACAGCGAAGCGCCGAGGGGGGAAAGCUGCGGCGUCAAAACCGAGGACACUCCCCGAAUCCUCCCUAAAAAAAACAAACAAAAAAAACAAAAACACACGAAGUGGCGUUAGCGACGGGAUCGCGUCUGCAGGGUCUGGAGGGUCUGGAGGGUCUUCAGCAGGAGGGAGAGCGCGACUUCACCGCGGCUCGUCCGCGCUCGGGCGUUUGUUUACACAGCCGGCGCUCGCGCGCAGCGGCCCGGCGAGGGGGACUACGCCGGGUCUACGCACAACGACAUGGCUCAGAAGGCGCUGGUGUUGUAUGACUUCACGGCUGAACCUGGAAACAACGAACUGACAGUCAGAGAGGGAGAAACCAUCACAGUCACCAAUCAGAGUGUUGGAGGAGGUUGGAUUGAAGCCCAGAACUCCAGAGGACAAACUGGACUUGUACCAGAAGACUAUCUACAGCUCAACAGUGCAGGAGCAGCCUCAUCUUACCCUGACGCUUUCAGCACAGCAGCUGCCAGCAAUACACACUCACAGAUUGCCAACGGUGUUGACCCGUGGUCAGUAGGUGGAGCUUAUAAAACUGACAAAGCAGGGGGAUGGGACACACAAGGAUACACACAGACUCAACAAGUAGGUGGUGGUGAGGAUGAUGAUGAUGAUGAUGGCGAGUGGGAUGAAGAGUGGGACGACCAAUCCUCAGUGGGGGGCUAUGCUGCUGAUCCCCCCGGAGAGGAAGAGGGCGGGGCCACGGGACGCAACACACACGCCCCCUCAAUGAAGAUCUCACUCAACAAGUUUCCGUUUUCCAAGACCCCGAACCCAGAGGUGUUCCUACUGGCUAAACUCCCACCGAGAGGCAAAGACAGACUGCCUGUAUAUCCAGGAGAAGUGGGCCCGGUCUGGUUAUACCCCCAGAACCCCCUGGAUUGUGCUGUCGCCGACCCAAAGAAAGGCUCCAAGAUGUACGGCCUGAAGAGCUACAUCGAGUACCAGGUCAUCCCAACUACGACCAGCAGACCUGUCAAUCAUCGAUACAAGCAUUUUGAUUGGCUGUAUGAGCGGCUGCUGGAGAAGUUUGGGUCGGCCAUCCCCAUUCCCUGCCUACCGGACAAGCAGGUCACAGGUCGUUUUGAGGAGGAGUUUAUCAGGAUGAGGAUGGAGAGAUUACAGGCAUGGAUGAGCAGAAUGUGUCGUCAUCCUGUCGUCUCCAACAGCGACGUCUUCCAGCUCUUCCUCACUUACAGAGACGAGAAGGAGUGGAAGGCAGGGAAGAGGACAGCUGAGAAGGAUGAGACAGUCGGUCCCAUGAUCUUCUCUGUCAUUGACCCCGAAGGCCCCGACCUGGACCCUGCAGAGGUAGAACACAAGUGUGAACAGUACAGCAAGUUUACCAGGUCCAUGGAUGAUGGAGUCAAAGACCUGCUGAACGUUGGACACACACACUGGAAACGCUGCACAGGCCCACUUCCUAAGGAGUACCAGCGAAUAGGAAAGGCCUUCCUGAAUCUUUCAGCAGUUUUCAACACCAGCGGAUACCAAGGGGAGACGACUUUAACAGACGCCCUCACAGCUGCUGGUAAAAUCUACGAGGAGAUAGCACAGAUAGUGGCAGAGCAGCCCAAAAAAGACCUGCACCACCUCCUGGAGACCAACAAUGAGUACAAAGGCAUUCUGGGAUGUUUCCCCGACACCAUUGCAGUCCACAAGGCUGCUAUAGAAAAGGUGAAAGAGGGAGAUAAGUUGGUCACAGCAGGAAAAAUCAGCUCUCAGGAGAAAACCACCAUGACCAAACGGAUCAGUACCAUGUCUUACAGUCUGCAGGCGGAGAUGAAUCAUUUCCAUAGCAACCGCAUCUAUGACUACAACAGGGUGAUGCAGCUGUACCUGGAGGAGCAGAUCAAAUUCUAUGAGCUGAUCGCUGAGAAGCUGAGACAAGCUCUGGGUCAAUUCACCACACUGUGAAGAGGAACACGCCGACACAGCGACAUACACACACACACACACACACGUGGACACAUAUACAGUUGUUUUAAUCCUUAACCACACACUCAUUACUCCCUUUAUGUUUUAUUUACACUUAUUUUGCAUACGCAGACAGACUCACAUACUCUUCUCCAUCCGGUGAGUGUGUGGACCAGCCCCUGUGUGUUCUCCAUGUAGCGACCCGGUUCUGUCUCAUGCAGCUGCCCAUACUCCGGUCUGCAGACCCCAGCCAGCGUCCCGGGUGAUGUGAGGUGGGAUUCGACACCAGGAGUAGAUUCGUUUUCACCGCUGUGUCGUCAAGGACUGGACAGUGACAGGAGAGAGAGCCGUGACUUUCAGGACUAAUGUUACAUGUAAAAUACAAACACCUCCAUAAUGCUGUUCACUGUACUCACAAUAUACACAUUUCGCUGUUUGUCUGAGAUACAGAGUCAGCCCUGCGCUGUUGUAUAUGAAGCGAAGUUAAUGCAGAUAUUAUUUGUAUGUGUGUUUCAAAGACUUGCAAAUGUGAAAGUUUUAAGAAGAGAAAAAAAGAAUUAGUAGAUGCAGCAAAGCAAAAUGUGAAAGCACAUACUCAAAAAGGAAGCCGUUAGAUCUUCUCUUGUGGGUGCAACAUGACAUAGAGAUCCAACAAGCCCACCAGGAGUCAGCUGAGAAAAAAAAAGACCCAUGUGUAAAGGGUAAGUUCAUUUUGGGGAAUUUUGGGUGUCCGGGUGGCGUAGCGUCUAUUCCGUUGUCUACCAACACGGGGAUCGCCGGAUCGAAUCCCCAUGUUACCUACAGACACAAUUGGCCGUAUCUGCAGGUGGGAAGCCGGAUGUGGGUAUGUGUCCUGGUCGCUGCACUAGCGCGUCCUCUGGUCGGUCGGGGCGCCUGUUCGGGGGGGAGGUGGAACUGGGGGGGAAUAGCGUGAUCCUCCCACGUGCUACGUCCCCCUGGUGAAACUCCUCACUGUCAGGUGAAAAGAAGCAGCUGGCGAUUCCACAUGUAUCAGAGGAGGCAUGUGGUAGGUAGUCUGCAGCCCUCCCUGGAUCGGCAGAGGGGGUGGCGUAGCGACCAGGACGGCUUGGAAGAGUGGGGUAAUUGACCGGAUACAA